AAAACCCGGAACGCGGCGGGAUCCCGAAAUCCACGGGAGGCGGAAAUCCCGGGAAUUCCGGCCCCCAAUUCCGGUGGGAUCUCGGAAUUCCAUCCUGGAAUUCCACAGCGUCCCAAACCCGGCCAGCGCCGCGGGGAUUCCCGAAAUUCCUGGGGAUCCCAAAAAUUCCUGGGGAUCCCAAAAAUCCAAAGGGAUCCCAGAAAUCCGGUGGGAUCGCAGCUCCUGCUCCGGGCGCUCCCGGGUUUUAUUCCUUGAAUCUCUCUGGGGGAAUUCCCCUGGAAUUCCAGGAGAAUCCAGCAGGAAUUCCAGGGGGAAUCCCACCGGAAUUCCAGGGGAUUCCCAUUGGAAUUUCAGGGGGAUCCUGCAGGAAUUCCAGAGGAAUCCCAGGAAAACCUUGUUGGAGUUCCAGGGGAAUCCUGCUGGAAUUCCGGGAGAAUCCCACGGGAAUUUUGAGGGAAUUCCGGCAAAAUUUUUGUGGGGAAUCCCCCUGGAAUUGUGGGAAAAUCCCACUGGAAUUUUGGGAGAAUCUUGGUGGAAUUCCAGAGAAACCUCACUGGAAUUCCGGAGGAAUCCCGCUGGAAUUUUUGCUGGAAUUCCGCGCGCUCCCGGCUCGGUUCUCCCGGAUUUUCCGGUUCCGCUCCGGGAUUUAUUCCCAGAUUUUGGGAUUGGGAACGGAGCUCGGGAUUUUUCCACGGGAGAAGGACCCGGAUCCCAGGCGGGAACGAGAUGGAAUUCCCGACGGGAUCCAGAUCCGGAUUCCGGACGGGAACGGCGCGGUCCCGCGUGGGGACGUCAGAAUUCCAUGUGGGAAUGCCGAGAUCCAGCGGGAACGUGUCGGAAUUCCGUGCCGGAAUGUCGGGAUUUCGUGCGGGAACCCCGGAAUUCCGCGUGGAAAUGUCGGGAUCCCGCGCGGGAAGGUUAAAAUUCCACGUGGGAAUGCGGCGAUCCAGCGGGAAUGUGUCGGAAUUCCAUGCGGGAAUGUCGGAAUUCCACGUGGGAAUGUCGGGAUCCAAUGGGAAUAUCAAGAUCCCGCGUGGGAACACCGGAAUUCCAGGCGGGAAUGUCGGGAUCUUGUGUGGAAACGACGCAAUUCCACGUGGGAAGGUUGGAAUUCCGCGUGGGAAGGUUGGGAUCGGGCAGGAAUGUGUCGGAAUUCCAGGUGGGAAUGUCCAGAUCCCGUGUGGCAACAUCAGAAUUCCAUGUGGGAACGUCGGGAUCCUGUGGGAACGUCAGAAUUCCAUCUGGGAACGUUGGGAUCCCGCGUGGGAACGUCGGGAUCCAGCGGCAACGCGUCAGAAUUCCACGUGGGAACGUCGGGAUCCAAUGGGAAUAUCAAGAUCCCGCGGGGGAACAUCAGAAUUCCAUGUGGGAACGUCGGGAUCCAGCGGGAACGUUGGGAUCCGGCGGGAAUGUCGGGAUCUGGCGGGACCCCGCGCUCUCCGGGCAGAGAAUCCCGAUAAAAUCUUGGCUCUGCCGCUUCCGGCCUGA